ACACACACACAAUAAGCGCGCAACAGUGACCUGCAGAUCAGAAGAUAAAAGAAUGUAUCUGCGCUCUUUCUAGUCUGUGUGUGUGAUCUGGACUUCUACUGUUCCUACUUUAAAUAUUACUUCGUCAAACUUUAUUGCAUUGCUCAGGAAAAAUGCUAGUCCAGGUGAAGUACAAACAACAGCAGAAGUAUGUGAAGUUGGACGAGGUUGAUGGACGGUUUGACUUUCUUCAGUUCCACGAAAAAGUCAUCGAAAGAUUUUGCCUACCACCUGAUGCAGAGGUUACAUACAAAGAUGCCACUGGUACAGAAGUUGAUGGAGAAAUAUUCAGCGACCUCGUUGGACAAGGAAAUGUGGUGCUGACAGUUUUCUCAAAUGACGAAUUUUCUGAUUGGUCCUUGUCGUCUUCUUCUGAGACAUCUGACUCAAGCUCCAGCUCAUCAACUAUAAUCAUAGAUGAGGUCCCUGGCAAGAAACAAAGACUUGAUGAUACAUGUGAUGCAGAGUCUGCCAAACAGGUGGAACAAGACUUCACUCUCCUAUUUGGUGACGAGACAUCCUCCAGGCUGCUUCAGAAAUGGGAUGUGUUCUUCAAGCCAAAUAUCAUACAAGAAGCUAAACAGCUCACUUCAACUCCGGAGUUGCGUCGCUUGAUACAAUCGGCGGAAAGUUCCUCAGGAAGUGAUGAAGAAACAAGUGAGUUGGAUUUGUUUUUCUUAGGAAUAUAUAAAAGUGUUGACUUUUUCUUAAAUUUCAUUUAUUUAUUCUGUAAUUCUCUGUUCAGUCUUGUGCCUCUUUGUCCUCAGCCUAGAGACUUGUUGUCUUUCACAAGUCAUGCUGCAGUUUGGAGGAGCAUCUUCGCAACCAGCAGGGUCGGCAGCCAUACCUCCUUGCCGUUGGUCGUCAGAAGAACAAGAUUGACAGCUUCUAUAUCGCCAUGGAUAAGCAUCUCAUCCCAUGCCAGGCAAACCGUUCCCUUGGGGCAUUUGAUGAACUUUUUAAAGUGCAUUUUGUGUUUAACUUGUCUUAUGAUGGAGCACUGGUGAACUUCUACACAUUUCUGCAGACAACAGUAUACAACAUUGAUGUGGGGAAAAAUGAAGGAGUCACCCAGAGUUCGAGACUUGAGAGCCCGACUGCUUAACCAGCCCGUACCGCUCACAUUCUGUGAGUAAAAGGCUAAAACAAUGCUGACCUGUUUCAUGUGUCAGAAACUAUAUCCCAGCAGUCAGCAGUUGAUUUCACAUUUAAGAGUUCAACAUGGUUACUAUCCUGGACCAAAGUCCAAAUUGUUUUGUGCUCAGCACGGCUGUAGGCAUCAGUUCCUAACAUAUGCAGGUUUUCGGAAACACCUCAAUAGUGUUCAUAGCAAUGUUCAGCAAAUUGCUCAAACUUCAACUGCUGCGUGUUCCUCUUGUGAGCCAGUUGCAACUUCAUCUCAGGCACAUGCUUUGGAAGACCAGUUUAGUCCCCCAAAUCAAUGUAGCUCUUCCAGUGUUUCUUCUCAGAGAAAUUAUUCUGGACUUAAAGAUCCAACCAAAGAAAUGUGUGCAUCUAUUGUGGCCAAAUUACAGGGGAGUGGGAUUUCCAACAGUUUGGUAUCCUCAAGUGUAGGAGAUUUGGAGGAACUAACAAGUGAGAUCCGCUCACAAGCACAGCACACUGCUAUUUCUGCUUUACCUGUUACUGACCCAAACAUACCUGUUAUUAAUGAAGCUUUUGAACAUUUUGAAAACCCGUUCACAAAUCUGAAUACAGAAUGGAAAAGAAACAAAUACUUCAAUCUAAAAUGGGGAGUUGUCGAGCCAGCAGAAAUAACACUAGGUGUGAGAUAUGACAACAGACGAAAUCAGAAAUCCGGUUCUUAUGAUCAAGUACCUGUGAAGGAUACUUUUAUUUAUGUGCCGAUUUUUGAAACACUGAAGUUUAUGUGCAGAAAUCCAGACAUUUGUGUUCUCCUGAAGAAAGAUUGUAGAACAGAGCCAGACAUUUACAGUGACUUUUUUGAUGGCAGUUAUUUUAAAACACAUCCUUUGUUUGCAGCAAAAAGACAUGCAUUACAAAUUCAAAUAUAUUAUGAUGAGUUUGAAACAGCCAAUCCCCUUGGCUCCAAACGUGGAAUUCACAAAAUUGGCUGUCUUUAUUUUAUUGUAAGAAACUUACCCCCCAAAUUUAAUUCAGUUCUGAUGAACAUUCAUUUGGUAGCACUUUUUCAUACACAAGAUCUGCAUAAGUAUGGUUUUGAUGUAAUACUGGAACCAUUGUUAAAUGAUGUGAAAAAACUGGAGAGCCAAGGAAUAAGUCUUCCAUUUUCUGAUGAGCAGGUAUAUGGUACAAUCUCACAUAUCACAGGAGAUAAUCUAGGAAUGCACACAAUUCUUGGUUUUAAUGAGUCAUUUAGUAGUCGUCAUUUCUGUCGCCUUUGUUUGAUUGAGAAGAAUGAUUGUCAAACAGUAUACAGUGAGGAUGAUCCUAAGGUGAUCCUUCGCGGAAAAGAGAUGUUUGAGAUGCAUUGCCAAACUCUCCAGGAAAACCCACAAUUUAAGUCAUUCUAUGGUUUGAAAAAAAUUCUACACUUAAUUCAUUAAAGUAUUUCCAUGUAUGUAAUAACUAUUCAUUUGAUAUAAUGCAUGAUCUUCUUGAGGGUGUGGCUCAGUAUGAGAUCAAAUUGCUUUUUGGAUAUCUCACAGAACACUUUAUGACAGAACAGGACUUGCUUUCCAGGAUUUAGUUUUGAUUAUGGAUUUUUAGAACGAAAAAACCGUCCCACAAAGAUUAUUUUGGAGAGUGCUGGUAAUGGCAUUGGUUUGAAUUCUAUUCAGACAUUGUGUCUUGUUAAAAACAUCCCACUGUUGUUUGGUGACAUUAUUCCUGAAGGAAACAAAAACUGGAAUUUGUUGUUAUUGUUACUUCAAAUAAUGAACAUAGUUUUAUCACCAUCUCUCACACAAGGUAUGACAUAUAUUUAAAGCAUUUGAUUGUUGACCACCACAAACUAUUUAAGCACUUGUAUCCACAUAGGAACUUGAUACCUAAGCAUCAUUUUAUGAUCCAUUACCCAUCUUCUAUAAGGAAAAUUGGCCCUUUAUUACAUAUGUGGAGUAUGAGGUUUGAAGCUAAACACAAACUGUUUAAAGACUCCUUUAAAAAUUUCAAAAACAUAACCAAAUCCCUUGCUAAAAAGCAUCAGAUGGCCAUUGUUUAUCACUGGGAAACCUUUACUCUCAAACAAAAUGAGUAUGGGCCAAUUAAAUCGUUUUCCCUUAAGGAUGAGAAUGUGGUCAACAAUGAAAUGCUUGAAAUUAUAUUGGCAAAAGAUGUUUUCUCAACUAGUUGGGUUAAAGUUGACGGUGUAGAGUAUAAAGCUGGACUUGUUGUUUGCAGUGCAGUGGAAGAAGACAUGCCUGUCUUUUAUCAAAUAAGUAACAUACUUUUGGUUGAAAAUAAUUUAUUUUUUGACUAACAGACUACUCACAGAAGUUUUUCAUGAACACCAUCAUGCUUUCAGAGUAUUUAAAAGUGAGGAAAGGUUUAUAAUGAAAAUGUCUGAGCUUAAAUUUUACAAACCGUUUGACAUUCAAAGCUCAUACAGUCAUUCAGAAGAAAAUCUGUACAUUAUACCUUCAUUUGUAAUGUUUUGAAUAAACUGUCACUGCAAAUGAAAAGGCAAAAAUAAAUGUUAUCAAACAUUA